AUGUCGCAGGACUUGACAGCACCUAAUGAUGCAAAUCCCCAGAGACGGUUUCUAGGAGUUGGUAUUACCGGAGAAGUUGUACAAAGCGGAGAAAGGGCUCUGAAGAUGCCACGGCAGUACGAUACCAAGAACGUGACUCAGGCUCGACGCCGUGAACUUGAAUGGUUGAUGGAAGUCUCUUGCAGAAAGAUCAAGACCGAGAUGCAAGUCUACGAGCAUUUGGGGCACCACGAAGGCAUCAUUGCGGCCUCCUAUCAGCUUCCCAUGCAUGAUGACGAGGAGCACUAUAACCCAGUCAUCUCCAUGCCCUAUAUGAAGAAUGGCACUUUGCAAGAAUAUCUCUCAAAGAAAGAGCCUGAUGAGAAGCUUCAGAUCACGUGGAUUCGCAGCCUAGCUGCUGCCGUGGCAUUUUGUCAUGACAGGAACGUUAUCCUUGCAGAUAUUGGCAGCAGAAAUUGCCUCCUUGCCGACGACUUCUCCUUGAGGUUGUGCGACUUUGGCGAGUCGACUAUUAUUCCACCACAUCUGGAUGUAGCGGCAGUCAAUGACAAUGGUGCAUCUGUCAAAACAGAUAUAGCUCAAUUCGGCUCAGUCGUGUAUGAGAUCUCUACCAGAAUAAAUCUCUGCGACCCCAAGCAGCCACGCAUUGACUUCGUUGAAGAUGAGAUUAAAAUUACGAAUGAUGACGACGAAAGUGGAAGUGACGGAGGUGAUGAAGGCCCAGAUGGAUACUCCGAGGGGGAUGUCAUUGCCGACCAGACUGAAUGCGGCGGCAAAAGCCCCAAGUGGCCAAGAACUGAAGACCUGCCGCGUACAGAGGGCAUUCGUUUUGGAUCUAUCAUAUUCAAGUGCUGGACUAGAGCAUAUCAGCACAUGAAUCAGGUGUUGAGAGAUCUAGACGAUUAUGAGCAGGUCAGAUCAGUGAGGGCAUGGAAGGCAGCCUGA